UUACGUCAACCAUUGACGCUCUUGUGUCUAUGCUUGGUGAGCGUCUGCCUCGUCAUAUUUAUCAUUUAUUGUCAAUUGAAUCAGAAGAUGAACUUGGCGGAAUGUUUUUGUUGCUUCAACGUUAG